GACGACAGAAGUGAUGCCUACUACUGCUACGAAGAUCCUAUUAUCGAUGAGUAUGAAGCCGAGCAGGAGCGGCUCCGGGCGGAGGAGGCGGCGCGUCGGCGGCAAGUGCACGCCAAAGUUAGCUCAUACUGGAGUCUUCAGUGGCCCUGGGUCAGUAAAAGAAGGAUAAUAUGGAGGGAAUCCAACUGUUUCAUGGUGCCCAGCAAAUAUGAGGAAAAGCACAAGGACAAAUUCUUAUCCCGCGAAGCAACAAGAAGAGAAGACGACAUCGUACUAGAUCGCGUGAAGAAACCCUCAGACCGAGCUACGCCUCCGAAAUUUGUCAGAAGUAAAUCGUAUGAGUGCACAAUUGAGGAUAAUGCACUUGAAGAAAUGGAUGACGAAUCUAAAAUAAAUGGUCAAGAAAAUGGAAACGAAGAGAAAUCAUUGCAAAACGGUGAAGUUAAUGACAUCGAUGAUAGCGAUAUUGAAGAAAACUCUGUGAUAGAGAAUUAUGAAGUAGACCACAUUGACAAUGAAGUUGACGAUAAUAAUAAUGUUGUGGAAACAAAAGAGAAAGAUCCUACUGAUUCCGAAGUAAAUAUAGAAGAAAUUAACGAAGAAGAAGAAAACGUGGAACAAGACGCAGAAAAUAAAACAGAAAUACAAAAUGUUGAAAAUAUUGAAGAAUCAAAUGAUAUUAAAGAAAAUGGCGAUAUUGUCAAUGUACAUGGAAAUGACGAGAUUUUAGAAGAAAUCCUGAAAGCGGAUAAUGAUGUAACGAUUUCUGAAGAAGAUUCUAUAAUUGAUAACGUGUUGAAUGAAAAUGGACAUGAAGCCAAUUCUGAAACUACGAACGAGAGAUAAAUAAUAUUAUAUUAUAUUUAAAUAUUUGACUGAUUUAAACGAUAAACUAAUGUAAA